CCGGGUUGGACUGAGGGAUUGCAGACCUCCUCCGUGUCGCCGGAUUAACCCACCCUCUUCCCCCUUCGGGUAAAAAAGUGCUUAUUCCACUCCAAAGUGCCAUGUCUGAACUGUUCACGGGAAGAAAGGACUCCUGAGACGUGCCCGCACCUUUGCACCUGCCUUGGGCUUCCCCCAUCUCGGCCACCUUCCCCUGCGGAGCAGCACCGAGGAAGCCCCCUUUGAACGUGCUCUGUGGAAACUGGUUCUCCGAGGCUGGAGCGCAGAGGCUGGGUUUGGGGGAGGAAUAUUAGACUCGGAGGAGUCUGCGCGCUUUUCUCCUGCCCGCGCCUCUCCAUCGCCGCUAGUUCACCGCUGGGUCCCUGUGCUGCGUCCUCCACCCCACCCACUUCCUGUGCUCGCCCGGGGGGCGUGUGCCGUGCGGCUGCAGGAGUUCUGGGAAGUUGUGGCUGUCGAGGAUGGGGGUCUGUGGGUACCUGUUCCUGCCCUGGAAGUGCCUCGUGGUCGUGUCUCUCAGGCUGCUGUUCCUUGUACCCACAGGAGUGCCCGUGCGCAGCGGAGAUGCCACCUUCCCCAAAGCUAUGGACAACGUGACGGUCCGGCAGGGGGAGAGCGCCACCCUCAGGUGCACGAUUGACAACCGGGUCACCCGGGUGGCCUGGCUGAACCGCAGCACCAUCCUCUAUGCUGGAAAUGACAAGUGGUGCCUGGACCCACGCGUGGUUCUCCUGAGCAACACCCAAACCCAGUACAGCAUCGAGAUCCAGAACGUGGACGUGUACGACGAGGGCCCGUACACCUGCUCCGUGCAGACGGACAACCACCCCAAGACCUCGCGGGUGCACCUCAUCGUGCAAGUAUCUCCCAAAAUUGUAGAGAUUUCUUCAGAUAUCUCCAUUAAUGAAGGGAACAAUAUCAGCCUCACCUGCAUAGCAACGGGUAGACCAGAGCCUACGGUUACCUGGAGACACAUCUCCCCCAAAGCCGUGGGCUUUGUGAGUGAAGAUGAGUACCUGGAGAUCCAGGGCAUCACGAGGGAGCAGUCCGGGGACUACGAAUGCAGCGCCUCCAACGACGUCGCCGCGCCAGUGGUGCGGAGAGUGAAGGUCACCGUGAACUAUCCGCCGUACAUUUCAGAAGCUAAGGGUACAGGCGUCCCCGUGGGACAGAAGGGGACACUGCAGUGUGAAGCCUCCGCGGUCCCCUCAGCAGAAUUCCAGUGGUACAAGGAUGACAGAAGGCUGGUUGAAGGGAAGAAGGGGGUCAAAGUGGAAAAUAGACCUUUCCUCUCAAAACUCAUCUUCUUCAAUGUCUCCGAACACGACUACGGGAACUACACCUGUGUGGCCUCCAACAAGCUGGGCCACACCAAUGCCAGCCUCACGCUCUUCGGCCCCGGUGCGGUCAGCGAGGUGAACAACGGGACGCCGAGGAGGGCAGGCUGCAUUUGGCUGCUCCCUCUCCUGGUCUUCCUGCUCCUCAAGUUUUGAUCUGAGUGCCCCUCCCCCACGGGAACCGCUGCCUGCACUACCGCCACCACCCCACGCAACGGCAACUCCGACACAGGCACGGCGCAAACCCUUCCAAUGAGAUGUAAUCAGAGGACACUCAGAGACACGGCCACUGGGCCCAUUCUAGGGCGGGAGCAAGGACACCUGGGGAAACACGGUCACCAGGACGCCGGGUCCCGGCAGGCCUUGCAGACAUGUAGGUUCAGCUGGGUUUUCUUCCUCCCCCAGCGGGGGCGCGCACAGCCGGCUCUGCUCAGCCCACAAGCUGCACUGGGUGACUUCUGCUCCCGGCUGGACGCGCUCGGCCCCCUGCCCCUCACCUGCCCCACCACGGAAAAGUCUGGAGUCGGCCACCCCCAGUCAGUCAGUCACUAGAGACCAGCACAGAGGGAGCCGCGUGGCCCAGAUGUGCCCCGGGGCCCCGGUAGACUGUGCCACUGGUGUGUGUGUCUGAAACGCAAAUUACAAAAUAAACAAAUAAAAAGGAAACUAACCGAGGCAGCUGCCAGCUCCAACCCCCCAGCCCGAGUCUCAGCAGACAUGGUUAACGUUCUCCUUUUCCCUCUCCUUUCACUACACGGACGUCACGGACAAUAAGGGGUUCUGAGUCAUCAUUAAUUGUAUUCAUUAUAUUUUCUGAUAUGAGUCUAGAACGUAGUGCAGAGACAAGACAAAACUAAAAACCACACAAACGAAAGGGGUGAAGAGAAGUUUGUUAAAGAUUAAAAAAGAAUAGUGCACUUAACUAGGUUUACAACUGGUGGACCCCACACCGGGCAUUGACCGCCUGGUGAGGAUUUGGCAAAUCCACCGAAAAAAACACAACAGAACACACAUACGAUCUAACCAAUCUCGCCACCAGCGCCACAGAGCCCUCCUCAGUCCGGCACCGCGUGCCGACCUCUGCUGUGCUGCUCCACGCUGUGCAGGCGCGGGGCCGGCAGCCGCGUGGGCCGGCUGUGCUUUGGAUGACAUAUAUUACACAGUAUAUAUACAUAUAUUUUUUCUGUUAGAGUCCUAGCCCUUUUCUUCCUCAGCAGGGUCCUUUCUCAGACGUUACUGCAUGCUGUAUAUGGCUUCAGCCGUGUUGACCUUCUAAACGAUGAUAGAGUUUACUGGUAAUUGUGUAAUCAGCUCCUGCCUUUUUAUUUUUUUUUGGGUUAUUUACAUGUCAGAGACAUUUCUACAAAGCGAAAAGAGAAAAAAACCCAUUGAAACCAGGCGCAGGCCCUUUUCUAGGGGUGGCUCCCAGGGGCGCCUCGCCCCUCCGCCCUGACCGACAAGCGACCGCGCCAGCGACAGGCAGUGACCACUUGCUUCGGCCCCUUGGGGAUCUCUGAUGCCUUUGUGACCACUGGAGAGUCGAAUCCUCUUGGUUUAUUUUAUUUAAUUGCCCACCUUUGUGUGCGUGUGUAUGAAAGAGAAGAAAAUGCAGUUUUUAGGUAACCUUUUUUCCUCCCCCGAAGUCUGGGGACC